AUGAAAUCGUGCGGAGUGUCGCCCGUCUCUACCGCCGCCGCCUCCUCUUCGGCUGCUACGCGGAGUCCGAGCGCCGCCGCUAAUGACGAGGAGAAAAUGGCGUCGGCAAAAGCGAGUGAAACCGAGGAGGACUUUCCGACGCUUACAGCGCAAGAGAAAGAGCGACUGCUCGGAAUUGACAGUUCACUGUUUGGAUUUCAUAGGCUUCAAGAAGAUGGCGCCAGAACGAAGGCCUUACUGUUAAAGGCUGUUAGCUGCUAUAACGCCGUCAUCCUGAAAGCAGAAGGGAAAGUCGAUCCUGACAUUUUCUGUCAGAUCGGCCAUUUCCACCUCCUGUUGGAGGACUAUCCAAAAGCAUUAUCUUCAUACCAGAGGUACUUCAGUUUACAGCCAGACUACUGGAAGAAUGCUUCCUUUUUAUACGGGAUUGGGUUGGUUUACUUCCAUUACAAUGCAUUUCAGUGGGCAAUCAAGGCAUUUCAGGAGGUGCUCUACAUUGACCCCGGUUUCUCCCGUGCUAAGGAGAUUCACCUGCGACUGGGACUCAUGUUUAAAGUCAACACAGACCAUGAAUCCAGUUUAAAGCAUUUUCAGCUGGCUUUGAUCGACUCAAACCUCUGCACUUUGUCAAAGGCUGAAAUUCAGUUCCACAUCGCUCAUUUAUAUGAGAUCCAGAAGAAGUACCGGGCAGCGAAAGAAGCUUAUGAAAGUCUCCUGCAGACGGAGAAUCUUCCUGCUCAGGUGAAGGCCACCACACUGCAACAGCUCGGCUGGAUGCAUCACACAGUGGAGCAGUUGGGGGAUAAAGGCACCAAGGACAGCUAUGCCAUCCAGUGUCUGCAGAAGUCUCUAGAAGCGGAUCCAAACUCUGGCCAGUCCUGGUAUUUUCUCGGAAGGUGCUACUCCAGUAUCGGCAAAGUGCAGGAUGCAUUUAUCUCCUAUCGUCAGUCCAUCGAUAAGUCAGAGGCCAGUGCUGAUACUUGGUGCUCCAUAGGGGUGCUCUACCAGCAGCAGAACCAACCUAUGGACGCGCUGCAGGCUUACAUCUGCGCCGUUCAGUUGGACCACAACCACGCCGCCGCUUGGAUGGACCUGGGCACGCUGUACGAGAGCUGCGGGCAGGCGCACGACGCCAUCAAGUGUUACGUCAACGCCACGCGCAGCAAGGCCUGCGUCAACACCGCCGCGCUAGCGCAACGCAUCAAGCUUCUGCAGGCUCAGUUGUGUAACCUACAGCCAGGUAGUCUGCAGAAUAAGAGUAAAAUGCUCCCUAGUAUUGAGGAGGCGUGGAGCCUGCCCAUCCCUGCUGAGCUCACUUCCAGGCAGGGGUCCUUGAAUGCUGCACAGGCACAGCAGGCUUGCAAGGGGGAGGGAGGCCAAAGCGACCUAGAGGGCAAUCCUGCCAAAAAGAAACGCACUGCCAGCCCAGUCAAAAGUGUUGCAGAUUCGUGUGCGAACAGCGCCAAUCAACAGCCGGCUCCUGGCUGGUACCUCACACCACAGAAGCUUCAGCUUCUAGAUCACUUGCGUACAAACAGAGCCAUCCUCAAGCCCAUCCAGGUGCAAAUGCUGGAUCAGCUGGAGAACCAGUUCUCACUCAUGCAGCAGCAUCAGCAGCAGACGAGAGUGGGGGCCCAGCUUCGGCCCAGCCUUCCCAACGGUCCUAAGGCGGAGUCCCCCAACUGCCACGCAGGCCUCCCCCGCUCCUCCCCCCUGAAUCACGCAGCCAUCAGACCGCCGUGCGCCGCCCAGCCCGCGGCCAACGGGUCGUGUUCGAGUCCGUCGUCGGGGCCGCCCGACACGAGGUAUUCUACAGGGGACCACGCCGCAGUGCUGGGAGGUGGCAGCAUGAGCAACGGAAACGUGCCUUACGCACAGCAGAACUCUCUACCUCACAACUGCACAGCCGUCAGUCACCCCAGCACCAGCAGCGCCAGUCCCGCUCAUCCAGACGAGACGUGGCGGAGCCCGCAUAGCAACGCCAACACUCAGGGGCUUCACAAAGGUCCAGGUUCACAUUCGGCAGGUCCCAAUGGAGAACCCCCUUUCUCUUCUUCCUCCUCUUCCCCUCAAACCUCAUUUUCCUCCUCGGCUAUUCUCAAUCAGGUGGGACAUUCCGGGCCCUGCACUGCCUCGUCGUCGGCCUCCUCUUUAUCCCCAACGUCCCCCAGGUCCACCCCCAACCACUUUUCCUCGCCUCCCCAUUCCGCCACUACCUCAGGGCUCCUCACCAAAGACAACGCGCCUUCCGGCGGUAGCGCGGGAGCGGCUGCCGCUCUGUCGCCGGGCCCCGACGCUACCGCCAAUACAGGGAUAACCCAGUGUUCCGGCACCGCGCCCGCACCGGGAUUGACGAAUCACGUCCGACCGCGGGUGACGGAAGAACCCGGCUCUCCGACCCCCGGCGCUCCCGCUUUAGACAAUCCUCCGCUCUCGGCCUUGCUAAAGGGAAAAGCCACCGCAACCAACAGGAAUGAUGAAGAUAAUGAGAACAGUAGUAACCACGCAGGGCCUUUCUCAGAGAAAAUCAACAAUGUCCACGCGGGUGCUGCUAAAGCUGCAUCGGAGCAAUUCUUGACAUCUUCGCCACUGUGCUCCACCAGCGCCCCUGCCACUGUGCACUCCUCCAACAGCCUCUCCCGCCUUACCAGCCAAAUGGACACACAGGGGCCCGCAAUCAACGGGACGGAGGACUCUCUGAGCCCGCAAAAGACAGAAGGGGCCGUGCACAGACACUCGGCCUCCGCUGGCCUGGCUCCUUGGUCUUCUGUUUCCAUCUACCCUAGCUCCAGCGAAGUGCUCAAAGUGUGCAGGAAUCUUGGCAAGAAUGGUCUAUCGACAAGCAGCAUCAUUCUGGACAAGUGCCCGCCACCUCGACCCCCGAUCAUACCGUCGCCUCCUUUGCCCAAGGACAAGCUUAACCCACCAACGCCCAGUAUUUAUUUGGAAAACAAGAGGGAUGCCUUCUACCCUCCUCUCCAUCAGUUCUGCACUAACCCUGCCAACCCAGUCACUGUCAUCAGGGGUCUGGCAGGAGCCCUUAAACUGGAUUUGGGGCUCUUCUCCACCAAGACACUGGUAGAGGCCAAUCCCGACCAUCUGGUGGAAGUGCGAACCCAGUUGGCUCAGCCCACCGACGAGAAUUGGGACCCCAGCGGCAGUCGCAAGAUGUGGCGUUGCGAGAGCAGCCGGUCGCAUACCACGAUCAUCAAGUACGCCCAGUACCAGGCCUCAUCCUUCCAGGAGUCGCUACGGGAGGAGAAUGAAAAGAGGAAGGAGAUGGAAGCCGAGGCAGCCUCAUCCGACAGUCGGCGGAGGAAAUGUCCUUUUAAGCACAUCAAGUUCGGGACCAACAUAGACCUCUCGGAUGAAAAAAAGUGGAAGCAGCAGCUCCAGGAACUAACCAAGCUUCCGGCCUUUGCCCGCGUGGUAUCGGCCGGCAACCUGCUCAGCCAUGUCGGACACACCAUCCUGGGCAUGAAUACAGUGCAGCUCUACAUGAAGGUUCCUGGGAGCAGGACACCAGGUCACCAAGAGAACAAUAACUUCUGUUCGGUUAACAUCAACAUUGGCCCUGGCGACUGCGAAUGGUUUGCUGUGCCUGAGGCGUACUGGGGCGUCAUCAACAGCUUCUGUGAAAAGAACAACAUCAACUUCCUGAUGGGCUCCUGGUGGCCAAACCUGGAGGACCUGUACGAGACCAACGUGCCUGUUUACCGCUUCAUCCAGCGCCCCGGGGACCUGGUGUGGCUCAACACGGGCGCCAUCCACUGGGUGCAGGCUAUUGGCUGGUGCAACAACAUUGCGUGGAAUGUGGGGCCCCUCACAGCCCAUCAGUACAAGCUGGCAGCGGAACGCUACGAGUGGAACAAACUGCAAAGUGUCAAAUCCAUCGUUCCCAUGAUCCACCUCUCCUGGAAUCUGGCCAGGAACAUCAAAGUGUCAGACCACAAACUCUUUGAGAUGAUCAAAUACUGCUUGCUACGGACUCUGAAGCAGUGUCAGAUGCAGCGGGAGCUUCUUUUGGCUGCCGGGAAAGAAUUAGUUUGGCACGGACGCACGCAGAACGAGCCUGCGCACUACUGCAGUAUUUGCGAGGUGGAGGUGUACGACCUCCUGUUCGUGACCAGCGAGAGCAACAGCAGGAAGACCUACGUGGUGCACUGCCAGGACUGUGCCCGUAGGGGGGACCCUAACCUGGACAACUUUGUGGUGCUGGAGCAGUACAAAAUUGAAGAGCUCAUGCAGGUCUAUGACCACUUCACUCUGGCAAGUCCUCUGCCUUCGUCAUCCGGAUGA